UGCAGGUUUAAGAGAUUGGCAGGCGGCGAGUUCUGGAAACCUAGGCAACUGAGACCCUCUCUGAGUAGCGUGGGAGCCCCCUUGUCCCGCCCCUUCUGGGGACACUGCUUCAACAAUGGCCCCUGUGUCGGGCUCGCGUAGCCCUGAGGGGGAGGCCUCCGGGGGAAAACGUCGCAGUUCAUCGAAGAGCCCUAAGCCCAGCAAAUCUUCCCGCUCCCCACGGAGCCGACGCUCUCGCUCGCGUUCAUGUUCCCGGUCCGGGGACCGAAAUGGCUUCAGCCAUCAUCCAGGAGGCUUCAGCCAAGGAUCGCGAAACCAGACCUACUGCUCCCGCUCUCGAUCGCGCUCUCGAGAACGGCCCUCCGCGCCUCGGAGCACCCCGUUUACUUCUGCAUCCUCGUCCGCCUAUUAUGGCGGCUACUCGCGCCCCUACGGGAGCGACAAGCCCUGGCCUAGCCUCCUGGACAAGGAGAGGGAAGAGAGUCUGCGGCAAAAGAGAUUAAGUGAGAGAGAAAGAAUUGGAGAAUUGGGAGCUCCUGAAGUAUGGGGACUUUCUCCAAAGAAUCCUGAACCAGAUUCUGAUGAACACACACCAGUAGAGGAUGAAGAGCCAAAGAAAAGUACUACUUCAGCAUCUAGCUCAGAAGAUGAAAAGAAGAAAAAGAAAUCUAAUCAUUCAAAAGAAAGGUCUAAGAAAAAGCGAAAGAAAAAGUCCUCUAAAAGAAAACACAAGAAGUAUUCUGAAGACAGUGACUCUGAUUCUGAUUCUGAUUCUGACACAGACUCCAGUGAUGAAGAUACAAAAAAGAGAGCAAAGAAAACUAAGAAAAAGGAAAAGAAGAAGAAACGAAGAUCGAAGAAAUAUAAAAAAAAGAAGUCUAAGAAGAACAGAAAAGAAUCCAGUGAUUCAAGCUCUAAAGAAUCCCAAGAAGAAUUUCUAGAGAAUCCCUGGAAGGAUCGAUCAAAGGCUGAAGAACCUUCAGAUAUAAUUGGCCCAGAGGCUCCAAAAACACUUGCCUCCCAGGAUGAUAAGCCUUUGAACUAUGGCCAUGCUCUGUUACCUGGUGAAGGUGCAGCUAUGGCUGAAUAUGUAAAAGCUGGAAAGCGUAUUCCACGAAGAGGUGAAAUUGGCUUGACAAGUGAAGAAAUUGCAUCAUUUGAAUGUUCGGGUUAUGUAAUGAGUGGUAGCAGGCAUCGCCGAAUGGAGGCUGUGCGACUACGAAAAGAGAACCAGAUCUAUAGUGCAGAUGAGAAGAGAGCCCUCGCAUCCUUUAACCAAGAAGAGAGACGAAAGAGAGAGAACAAGAUUCUGGCCAGCUUUCGAGAGAUGGUAUACAGAAAGACCAAAGGGAAGGAUGACAAAUGAGGACUUUCAGACUUUUCAGCAGACAUUUUUAAAAACAAAAAAGAACCUGGUGUGGUGGCGCACACCUUUAAUUCCAGCACUCUGGAGGCAGAGGUAGGAGGAUCGCUGUGAGUUUGAGGCCACCCUGAGA